AGCACAAUCCUUGCAAAUAUCUCUUCCAUUAAAAAAAUCCCAAUAAAAAAGUGAUGAAAUUUUGGCCCAAUAUCAAUUCAUCACAAAAGCCACGUUCACUUCCACACGAACCCUCAUUUUCUACUCCACCGAACAAACACUUUGGUUUCCUUAACUUCAAAGCUAAGCACACAAAAAAACUAUUCAGUACACAUAUUCCCACCACAGCCAUGAUGGUCAAUUGCAUCAACCACAUCAUUACCAAACACAUAAAUGUUAACAAAAGCUUCCCAACCGAUUCUACAUCCCUCUAGCUCCCAUUCCCUUUGAUAUUCAUUUCUUCUUCCCAGCCAUCAAUAUGCUCUUCUUCUUAUCCCUCUUCCUUCUCUUUUCCUUUCCCCCUGUCACAUUUUCCGCCCAUUGCACCACCACCACCGCCGCCAAAACCUUUCAAAAAUGCAUCACACUCCCUACCCAACAAGCCUCCAUAGCAUGGACUUUCCAUCGCCACAAUGCCACCCUAGACCUUGUCUUCUUUGGUACUUUCAUAUCUCCUUCUGGGUGGGUUGGGUGGGGCAUCAACCCGACCUCCCCGGAAAUGACUGGCACACGUGCUCUAAUUGCCUUUCCGGACCCUAGCACCGGUCAAAUAGUCCUCCUCACUUACCUCUUAGACCCAACCACAAAGCUCCAAAAACGCCCUCUCCUCUCUCGCCCUCUGGACAUCCACAUUCUCUCCUCGUCCGCCACCCUAUACGGCGGGAAAUUAGCCACCGUCCACGGCGGUGCUGCAGUCCAAAUCUUCGCUACAUUAAAACUCACGCCGAACAAGACAAAGCUCCAUCACGUGUGGAACCGCGGCCUCUACGUCCAAGGCUACUCGCCAACCAUACACCCAACCACAGCCAACGACCUUUCAUCCAUAACGACAUUUGAUGUCAUGUCAGGCACAACGGCCACACGUCACUCCAACAUUGGCACACUCAGAACAGUGCAUGGCAUCAUGAACGCCAUUGCAUGGGGCAUCAUGCUCCCCAUUGGAGCAGUGCUUGCACGCUACCUCAGGCACAUACAAUCAUUAGGGCCCACAUGGUUCUAUGUGCACGCUGGGGUCCAACUGUUUGCUUUUUUCCUAGGGACUGUAGGGUUUGCUAUCGGGAUUAAGCUUGGGGAUAUGUCACCUGGGGUCCAGUAUGGGCUCCACAGAAAACUAGGGUUUGCUGCAUUUUGCUUGGGAGGACUGCAAACCCUAGCACUAUUGUUUAGACCUAAAACUACAACCAAGUUCAGGAAGUACUGGAAAUCUUACCACCAUUUUGUUGGGUAUGCAUGUGUGGUGCUGGGUGUGGUGAAUGUUUUUGAAGGUUUUGAGGUGAUGGGAGAAGGAAGGUCUAUUGCUAAACUGGUUUACUGUUUGGGAUUGUCCACACUGAUUGGGGUUUGUAUUGCUUUGGAGGUGAAUUCUUGGGUGGUUUUUUGUAGAAAAUCAAAGGAGGAGAAGCUGAGGAGGGAAGGCAGUGGAAUCCUCAGGUGAUCAGAGGCAUCACGUACUUUAACAAAACGAUACUUUUCCGGCCAAUGGAAAAUUGUCAACCGACGAACAAAAUUGUUCGUUGGAAGGUCUUUCAGGAGCCCUUUUUUUGCUUUCAAGAACCAUAUUUAUAGCUGCAAUUUUGGUUUGCUUUUUUCAUGCUUUUGUAGAAGAGGUGAGAUCAUAGACAAAGUUGUUGUUGAUGUUGUUCCAUUAGCACAGUUUCACUCAAAUACUUUACAAGUCGAGUUUUUUACUUUUGGUACUAUCCAAGUCUUUCGAUCUGGGUUAACAACUAUCAAAUGCUCAAUUUGUUUAGAACAAUUCGUAGAUUCUUAGGUUGUUUAGGAACAAAACUUGUUUACAGUUUUACUCGAUACAUCAUUGGGUUUAUGACUCAGGAUACUCAAUCCACAGAAGAAGCCCUAGCUGCGAAAGAAAGUUGACUAUUAAAAGGACGGAAGCCAGCGUCCCACAUCGACCAAAACAAAGUUCACAAACUGCUUUAUCUAGUCUUGCUUGACAACAUAUUUUGUUCCUUCGGGGACAUCCGAUAAAAUUGGAACGAUACAGAGAAGAUUAGCAUGGCCCCUGCGCAAGGAUGACACGCAUAAAUCGAGAAAUGGUCCAAAUUUUU